AUGCCGGCUUUAACUCGGCCACGGUUAGCUCGGACAGCGAAGAAGGCACUGUCGGCGGACAUCCUGAGAUAUCUAGAGCCUCAUGAUCAGGACGAAGACCAGGAUCAGGACGAAGACCAGGAUCAGAGUGAAGACCAGCAUCAGGACGAAGACCAGUAUCAGAGUGAAGACCGGCAUCAGGAAGAAGACCAGCAUCAGGACGAAGACCAGUAUCAGGACGAAGACCAAUAUCAAGAUCAAGACCAGUAUCAAGAUGAAGACCAGUAUCAGGACGAAGACCAAUAUCAAGAUCAAGACCAGUUGGCCACCAUCAAAGAGGAGGACACUUUAGGAGAUGUGUAUGAUUUUCAAGAGGGGUCUGAUUUAGAAGAUGAGUAUGCUUCGCAAGAUGAGUAUGCCUCGCAAGAGGAGCAUGAAGUAUGGGAGGAGCAUGAGAAGCAAGAGGAGCAUGAAGUAUGGGAGGACCAACGGAAGCGACCUAGGAAGCGGCGUCUUUUCAGGGACCACCAGCCUCUUCAGGUCCAGACGGCUGCCCAGAAGACAUCAUCAGUGGAGCAGGACGAACUCGACGCAAAUGGCUUUCACCUAUCAGACUUUGAGGACGAGAGCGAUCCGCAGACCAUCGGCGCUGAGCGACUUGCAUGGUCACCUGUUCACGUCCCCUUCUCCGACGAUGCCUUGUUUGACAUCACCCUGACUGGCGACGAUGUUGUGCGCAUGGUCGAAACCGCCUUUCCUGACUCGCUCAACGAGCACCUCCAGAGCUCACCGCCCUUCAGCAUACCUGUCCAAGAGAUCAAUCCGCAUACCUGGCCCUUGACGAACCCUGUUAUUGACAGCCUGUGGAAUGAAGCAGCCGCUGCGGAGGUUGCGCUUGACAUCCCCGACACGUAUGGAACAAUUAUUGUAGCGGAACCUGCACCUCAUACGUAA